AUGAUCCUUUUUUACCUUCAUCACUUUGAUCAUCAGCGAGAGCGCAAGAAUAAUUUCUCCAAAGCUAAUCAUGUGGAUGCCAAUAUAAUAGCACCUCCCACGCCCUUCAUUCUCACGGCAGAGCAAUACCAGAACCUCAUGGCGAUGCUUGAUAAGAACAAGUCCAAAUCCAUGGCUAAUCAUGUUAGUAGUACAUCUGCUAUAAGUGAUCUCUCAGGUAUAACCUUCUGUGCUUCCAUUAUUGGUCAAGAAAUUCAUUGGAUACUUGACACAGGAGCUACCGAUCACAUGGUUUGCUCUGCUGACUUAUUAACCACAAAAUCUUGUGUUACUGAUCGAACUGUAUAUCUCCCUAAUCGAAAACUAGUGACUGUCACACACAUAGGCAGCAUUCAUGUGGCUGAUUUUACAUUACAUGAUGUGCUUUGUAUUCCUUCCUUCAAAUUAAAUCUCAUCUCUAUUAGCAUACUUGUUUGCAAUUCCCAUUAUCUUGCCACAUUUACUAAGAAUACUUGUAUGCUACAGGACCAACGAUCGGGGAAGAUGAUUGGGAUGGGAAUUGAACGAGGAGGACUUUACUACCUUGAUACUACGCAGAAAGCCAGAUGCAACUCAGCUACCUCAACAACAUGUCAACUUUGGCAUAAACGCCUUGGUCACCUUUCAAAUAAGAGUCUACCUUUUUCUCAGGUUUUACUCAUUUCUUCUGAAACUGAGUUUGAGAAAACUCAAACUUUUAUUGUCAAAGUUCAGAAUAAUUUGAAACCUUCUGCUUUUUCUGAUGUUGAAAGGUGGUAUAAAUCCACUCUUCAAAGCCUUACUUCAUAUCUUGAAUCCAACCAAACAGAUAAAACCCAAGAAAUCCUACAUGUUUAUAGAACUGUUUUCCAUGGAUUUUCAGCUAAACUCACCCCAGAACAAGCCCAAGAACUCAAAAAUCGUCGCGAAAUUCUCGCUGUUUUACCUGAUCGCCUGCACCAAUUACACACAACUCGGUCAACUCACUUUCUUGGAUUGUCCUCAGUCAAUCAUUCUGAACUGUUAACCGAGUCUGAUUCGGGCUCUAAUGUUGUUAUUGGGUUCCUCGACACCGGAAUAUGGUCGGAGCGCCGAAGCUUCCACGACGAAGGACUCGGGCCAAUUCCGACUACCUGGAAAGGCGAGUGCAUUAAAGGUGAUAAUUUCACCAAAGCCAACUGCAACAAAAAAAUAAUUGGUGCUCGAUAUUUUAUUGCCGGAUAUGAAGCCCAUGAAGGUGGACUUGAUGGCACUGAAGAAAUUAAGUCUGCUAGAGAUACAUUGGGCCAUGGAACCCACACCGCCUCCAUCGCUGCUGGCAGAGCCGUGAGCCACGCCUCUCUUUUUGGUUACGCCCGUGGGGUGGCGGUAGGAGUUGCACCUAAAGCUCGUAUUGCAGUGUAUAAAGUCUGCUGGAAAAAUGGCUGCAUGGGUUCUGAUAUUCUCGCCGGCUUUGACAAGGCAGUGGAAGACGGCGUCAAUAUCAUUUCAAUCUCUCUUGGUGGUAGUUUCUUUGGUACCUCGCCAUAUAAUCUGGACUUCAUUUCAAUCGGAUCUUUUGGUGCGAUGGAGAGGGGCAUUUUUGUCUCGGCAUCGGCUGGAAACGAAGGUCCUUAUAAAAUGUCGGUCACAAAUCUUGCUCCAUGGAUCACCACCGUAGGUGCUGGCACGAUUGACAGAAAAUUUCCAGCUGAUCUCGUACUUGAAAAUGGGCAGGUGAUCACCGGCGCAUCAGUCUAUAGCGGUGAUCCAUUGCCGGAAAAUGCUUAUUUCCCCAUUAUUUAUGCCGGAAAUGCAUCAGCCAAAGGAAGUUCCAUGGCUACCUUUUGCAUAGAGGACUCACUUAACAAAGAAUUAGUGCGUGGUAAGAUUGUGGUAUGUGACGCGACAGGCACAUCCGGCGUUUCCAAAGGUGAGGUUGUCAAGAAAGCUGGUGGGGUCGCCGUGGUGAUUGCUAACGUAGCACCCAUCGGAGAAGGCCUUGUCGCUGAUUCUUAUCUGAUUCCCGGUCUCGCCAUUACCGAAUCAGCCGGUUAUAACGUCCACAAUUUCUUAAAAUCCACCCCCAACCCAAAAGCAAAAAUAAUUUUUCGGGGGACUGAAAUCAGAGUAAAACCGGCACCUGUUGUAGCAUCCUUCUCAUCAAGAGGCCCCAGCAUGUAUUCCGAUUAUCUGCUCAAGCCCGAUGUUAUUGCACCAGGUGUAAACAUUUUGGCGGCUUGGCCCGAUGGCCCAUCCCCUACUGAACUAGCCACUGACCCGCGGCGCACUGAAUUUAAUCUGCUUUCAGGAACAUCAAUGUCGUGCCCGCAUGUUUCCGGGGUGGCGGCGCUGCUGAAAGGGGCCCACCCUGACUGGUCACCAGCAAUGAUCCGAUCAGCUCUAAUGACCACUGCUUAUACUAAAGAUCUUGAAGGGAAUCCAUUGCUUGAUGAAACAUCUUAUAAUCUAGCAACAAUAUAUGAUACUGGUGCAGGACAUGUGAAUCCUAAAAAAGCUGUUAAUCCAGGAUUGGUUUAUGAUUUAACUCUCAAUGAUUAUAUAAAUUUUCUAUGCGCAUCAAAUUUUACUCCACCAGAGUUACAACAGAUUGCUAGGAGGCCUGUGAGUUGUGGGAAGAAGCAAUCUAAGCCUUGGAAUUUGAAUUAUCCAGCCAUUUCAGUUGGUUUUAAAGCUUCCGAACAGUUGGAUUGGACUAUUGUUGUUAAUCGGACAGUUACCCAUGUUGGUGACAAUACAGCUAACUACCGUGUGAGAGUGACAAAUCCCGAAGGUGCGAUUGUUACAGUAACUCCAUCGAAAAUGGAUUUUAAAAUGAAUGGUGAAAAGCAGAGUUAUGCGGUCAAGAUCAAGGCUGAGAAGUUGGCGGCAUCACCAGGAUAUUCAGUGGGGAAGAUAAUUUGGUCAGACGGGCGGCACCGAGUGGUUUCGCCUGUGUUGGUCGUGUGGUGGAAAUAA